GUAGUUCUACUGCUUUUUUAGUGCGAGCAAAGCGACGUUAAUCAAAUAAUGAACCAAAGUUUUUAUUAUCUUUGUAUUGUUUUGAUGUUUGAUAUUUUGUCCUCAUUCAUAUAGUUAAGUCGGUCCGGUUUCUUUCAUCUUUAGUCGUUAUGCGUAGCUUUUGGUUCUUGUUUGUUUCCGGGGAAAAAGUGGUAUUAAAUUCGCUGAAGCUGAGCUUAAAGACAGUUUGAAAUAUGAAGUUAGGGAUGUAGUUUAACCAAAAUUAGUUUUUGUUGUGAAGGGCAUGUGAGUUUUGGCGCCAUUUUGCGGGAAAAAAGGGGUCAAUUGAAUCAUGUUGUGAAGGGAGAGUUAAUAAAAUUCUUCCUCUUUCGUUUCCAUAUUAAUGAAAGGUUAUGAUCUCUGCAUCAACUCAACUUAUCACUUCAAGAAAGAUGGGCAUAUAUGAUCCAUUCCAACAGGUCAGCAUGUGGGAAGAUGCCUUCAAAGGUGAUAUUAGCCCAAAUACAGGUGCUUCCACGAUUUUACAGGUGGAUGCUGGGCUGCCUAAUAAGUCUGAAUUUAAUUCUCAUGAAUUGACGGGACCUUCCAGAAAUGAUGAAGAAGGAAACAAUACUGCUGAUAAGGUACGGAGACGCCUGGCACAAAAUCGUGAAGCUGCUCGUAAAAGUCGUUUGCGGAAAAAGGCCUAUGUUCAACAGUUAGAAACAAGUCGUUUGAAGUUGGCACAACUGGAACUGGAACUUGAGAAAGCUAGAAAGCAGGGUGUGUACGUAGGCAGCGCUCUGGACACUAGUCAUCUGGGAUUUUCUGGAAAUGUAAACUCAGGCAUUGCUGCAUUUGAGAUGGAAUAUGCACACUGGGUUGAAGAGCAAAAUAGACAGAUUUUUGAACUUAGAAAUGCAUUGCAAGCUCAUGUAACUGAAAUAGAACUUCGUAUGCUUGUAGAGGGUGGCUUGAACCAUUAUCACAAUUUGUUUCGCAUGAAAGCAGAUGUGGCAAAAGCUGAUGUCUUUUAUUUGAUGUCCGGUGUGUGGAGAACAACAACGGAACGUUUUUUCCUUUGGAUUGGAGGAUUCCGCCCGUCAGAGCUUCUAAAUGUCCUCAGGCCACAGCUUGAGCCGUUGUCUGAUCAACAAGUUCUGAGUCUAUGCAACCUCCGACAGUCAUCCCAGCAAGCAGAAGAUGCCCUCUCACUAGGAAUGGAAAAACUCCAGCAGAGUCUGGCCCUUAGCAUAGGAGCUGAAUCAGUACUUGCCGGUAAUUAUGGGUCUCAGAUAGCAGCCGCAAUGGAGAAGCUGGAAGCAAUAGAGGGAUUUGUGAACCAGGCAGAUCAUCUUCGUCAACAAACUCUGCAGCAAAUGUCUCGCAUCCUAACAACCCACCAAGCAGCUCGAGGCUUGCUUGCCUUGGGGGAGUACUUUCAUCGUCUCCGUGCUCUGAGUUCGCUGUGGGCUGCUCGUCCGCGUGAACCUGAAUAGCGUAGAAAGCACCACUAGAAUCACCAUAUAUAGGUACACCAUAUAUAGGUUGUAGUUGUUACCCCUUGUUCACGCCUCAGCUGCAAUGGGAAUGAAUACAGUAAUUUUUGUUUCAAAGCAGUUUCUCUGGUUUGAUUAGGUGUAAAUAUGUAUUUCAAUGUUGUGUAUCAAUUAGGAUUUAGGAAAUUAAGUUACCCUACAAUGCAUUUUGUAGGCUAUAUUGUGUAUAUUGUGAUGAAAAGGUAAUUUUGAAAUUAGUACUUGUCAAACAUGUUGAGACAAUUACCGGUUAUAUGAAAACUUCCUAUUUUAUCUUCA